AGGCAGAAUCACAGCAAAAAAUGAGAGUGGGAAGUUACAACUGAAGUGUGAGGUUUCCAUUCAUGAAAACAAUGUACAAAUGCAAUCCACAUUGCAAACGCACGCAAAAACAAAAUGGCUGCAAAUCACUGAGAGCGAGAGAGAGACUGGAUGUGAGAGAGCGCUUUGCAGCGUCAACAAGUCUGUCAGCUGUAGCUGUGGACCCCAACUGGCACACCAGUUGCGCCUUGUGGAACGCAAGAACAGCUGUUUUGCGCUGCCACCGACGCCGCCGCUGCCAAUGCCAUCGUACUGGCAACACUUUCGACAGGCGCACAGGAAAUUGCCUUCAGUGCGUCCAACAGCUGGUCACAGAUAUUCCAGCUUAUUCAGUUGGUUCUUCAUUGCGGCGCCGCACGCACGUGUCUCGGCAACGCCACGGGUCUGCAUCUGGAUAUUAGUAGCUCAGUUUAUAUUUCUUCAUCGUUAUUUCUGUUCACGUCUUGCGAUGCGAUGCGCCAUUUGUGCGUGACACAAAACUUAAGAAAAAAAGAAGCAAUCAACUAAAAUUUAUCACAUUACAACAUCUGGGCAAAAUUAUGGCUGCUACUGAUAUAAAAUUUAAGUGAUUUUUUAACAAAACAAAGAUGAUAAGUGAUGGUUCGUUUGUUGACUUCAGUUGAAAUCGGGUAAACACCAUUUCACGCGGCUCUAUUUCAGCAACAGGACAAGCCAAACAAUUUAAAUAUUGGAAACUCGCAAGUGACCAAAUAAAAAACCCCAAAGGAAUUUUAAUGAAGAGGCAGAGUUGGCUCGUUGCGGCAUGCUGACAGCGUACUGCUGAACCACGAGUGCCACGAACACCACACAGCUUAAAGUGUACAGAGGAGGAGUGCAUCCGGUGUGGGAAGUUGGAGGAGCGAAGGAAAAACAGCAGCCAGACCACGGACGCAAUCAGGCGAAUCGCCAUCAUUCAAGCAACUAGCCGAACAAUAUUAACAACAUGGUCACGAACAUGUCGCAGCCGCAUUAUUGUGGCUCCAGCAUCGAUGAUUUUCACACAAACUACAAAUAUUUUCAUGGAUAUUUCUCGCUCAUCGUUUGCAUUUUGGGCACACUUGCCAAUACACUGAACAUAAUUGUGCUGACUCGUCGGGAGAUGCGUUCGCCGACGAAUGCGAUACUCACUGGUCUGGCUGUUGCCGAUCUGGCCGUGAUGUUGGAGUAUAUACCAUAUACGGUGCACGAUUAUAUACUCAGCGCUCGUUUGCCGCGGGAAGAGCAACUGAGCUACAGUUGGGCGUGCUUCAUCAAGUUCCAUUCGAUAUUUGCCCAGGUGCUGCACACCAUUUCAAUUUGGCUGACAGUUACGCUGGCUGUGUGGCGUUAUAUUGCCGUCAGUUAUCCGCAGCGUAAUCGGAUCUGGUGUGGCAUGCGCACCACAACGAUAACAAUAGCGACAGCCUAUGUGGUUUGUGUGUUGGUGGUGUCGCCGUGGCUUUAUCUGGUCAGCGCAAUAGCCAAGUUUUUGGAGACACUGGACGCCAAUGGUAAGACCAUCAACUCGAUGCCUCUGAGUCAAUAUAUUAUCGAUUACAACAACGAGGAGAAAGUGACGCUACAAGUUAUGUCCAGCACCACACCUGACAUGGCCUGGCCGAUAGUCACAAGUGGCACUAAUACCACAGCAAUCAGUAUGCUUAGCUAUUCCACAGUGGUGCCACUGAUCACAAAAGCAACAACAACAGCUCUGUUCGAGAGUGGAGAGCGCAACGUAACUGUUUACAAAUUAUAUCACAGUGAACUGGCCCUUAAUGAUCGUCCACUGCGCAAUGCCACAUUCCUCAUCUACAGUGUGCUGAUUAAGUUAAUACCCUGUUUUGCAUUGACUGUGCUGUCGGUACGCUUGAUUGGCGCUCUGCUGGAAGCGAAAAAGCGACGCAAAAUACUCGCCUGCAAUGCGGCAAAUGAUAUGCAGCCCAUAGUCAAUGGUAAAGUGGUAAUACCCACGCAUCCCAAGAGUUGCAAGCUCCUGGAGAAGGAGAAACAAACGGAUCGCACCACACGCAUGUUGCUGGCGGUGCUGCUGCUCUUUCUCAUCACAGAAUUUCCACAGGGUAUUAUGGGACUGCUAAAUGCGCUGCUCGGUGACGCAUUUCUUAUGCAGUGUUACCUCAAGCUAAGUGACUUAAUGGAUAUCUUGGCACUCAUUAAUUCGAGCAUCAAUUUUAUACUCUACUGCUCGAUGAGUCGACAGUUUCGCAGCACGUUUACGCUGCUCUUUCGACCGCGCUGGUUCGACAAAUGGCUGCCACUGUCUCAACACGAUGGCAAUGCGAGAGAUGGCGCCGGCGGAGGAUUGGAUGACUAUGGCCGGGAGCGACUGCUGCAUACCGAUGCUGUUAGCAAGAGCAUGGCCAUUGACUUGGGUGCGACUACACAAGUGACGAAUGUGUAGCAGGAGUGUAGCCGGACGGUGUCAACAGCAGCGACAACAACGACAACAACAGCAGCUGCUGCGCCGGCGGCAAUGACUGAAACAGCGACUGAUGUUGAUGAAUGUGCAGCACUGGAAAUGGACAGCACUAACGACAUCUGCGUUGUUGAAAUGCUGCAGCCAAAAGACACUGCCGGCAACAGCAGCAGAACAAGAAGAGCGGAACGCACAGCAAGAGAUGCCAAUCGACGGCGUUGCAGUGUGGGUGGCAAGUGCAUUUGGCCUACAAGUGAUUGGCUGCGCAGAAUGCGACACAAACAUCCUGAGCUACAAGAGCAUCAGGAGCAUCCGGAACGGGAACGGGAAUGUGAAAUGGAACAUUCACGUACUCGACGCAGCAGCGUGCUGCUGAUGGUGCUGCUCAGCGGCAGUGAGAUGGAGGCCAAGGCGGUUGUUGUCAACGAGCAGCAGUCCAUUUUGACAACGCCACAACCACAGCGACUCAAGCGCACCGCAACGGAAGAAAUGGAAGAUGCCAUCGAUGCCCUGUGGCUAUAAAUUAAGUAAAUACUAUAAUUCUCUGUCUUUAUAUAUGUAUUUUGGA